UCGGAGUAAAUUUCAUCCUGUCAUCAGGUCGCGGAGGAGGAGUUUGUUAAUGUACAGUUUGCUCAGUGGAUCGAUGUUUGCUGGCAUCGCCUCGCCCUGCCUGUGUCUGUCUGUAUGUGUGUGUAUGUGUGUGUGAGAGUGAGUGAGUGAGUGAGCGUGUGUGUGUGUGUGUGUGGAUGUGUGCGUGUGUGUGUGUAUGGAUGUGUGUGUGUGUGUGUGUGUGUGUGCAUGUACGUGUAUGAACACCAGAUUUCCUUCCAUCCAAAGCUUCUCUGUCCUCUUCCAUAUCACUCACAACCUGGCAUCUGACAGCAACAAACCUGCAGUUUUCUCAGCAAACACACACCAAUCCGCCAUACAGAUCUACGCGAAGGAGGCGGCGAGGAAGGAAAAAAAAGAGAGAGGGAGGGGGAGAGAGAAGAAAUAGCAAAAAAGAAAGGGAAAAAAACCCACACCCUCGCUGAUUUUUUUUUAAAAAAACUAUUUACAUAUCUAUAUUUUCUUAUUUAUUGAUCCACUUAAAAAACAAAAAGCAACGGUUUUUUUCUCCCUUUCCCCCCACCACGGCACGGUGGGGAUAUCCUUUUGCAUUGGAGCUCCUGGAUGUUUGCAUCAAAGCAAGUCUUGCAACAGUUCAAACAAAACAAGAGAGACCAAAAAAAAAGAAGGAAAAAAAGCCCCCCCUUCCCCCCCGACUGUAGAUCUUUCACAAAAUCCUAAGAAUCAGACUCCGAACAGGUUGGUCUCGUCAGAGAAGUGCCCAAGGAGAGAGAAGGGGGCUUGGUGCCGCGGCUGGGGGGGCUGCUGGAAGGAGCCGAGGAGGGGGCACAAACAAAACAACACGAAACCCCCAAAGCAAAGAGAGGGAGAGAAAACCAGCCCGGCGAUCUUCCCAGGGUUCUCGGAUCUGGAAAGAGAAGUCAGGUUGGAGAAAGUACAACGAUGCCAAGGAGGAAACAGCAAGCACCCAAGCGGGCAGCAGGUUACGUCCAAGAGGAUGAUCUGAAGGAGGAGGAAGACAUUAAAGAGGAGGAAGAGGAUGAUGACGAGAGCAACUCAACAGCUCAUUUUCAGGGUAGCAAUGACCCUGGCACAGACGAAGAGCAUGACGUGGGUCCUGAUCCAAAAGGCAGCUUCAGCUACCAGAAUUCUCCAGGAAGUCAUAUCUCCAAUCAGGACGUUGAAAACGAAUCACUGCUAAGUGAUGCUAGUGACCAGGUUGCAGACAUCAAAAGCCUUUGUGCUAGGGAGACCCAGGACCCCAAACCAAAUGCACACCCCAAACUUCCAAGUGAAGCACACAGUUGCAUGGAUAAAAUGACAGCGGUCUACGCUAAUAUCCUUUCAGACUCUUAUUGGACAGGCUUAGGGCUAGGGCUCAAGCUGUCUAAUUCUGAUAAGAGAGCAUGUGAUAAUAGGAACGGAGCAAGCAAAAGUGACUUUGACUGGCAUCAGGAUGCAUUGACCAAAAGCCUGCAGCAGAGCAUACCACCUCGGCCUGUCUCCAAACCAAAUCUUUUCAGUUCGGUCCAGCUCUACAGGCAAAGCAGCAAAAUGUGUGGAACUGUAUUCACAGGUGCUAGCAGGUUCCGGUGCAGGCAGUGCAGCGCUGCCUAUGAUACCUUGGUGGAGCUCACUGUCCAUAUGAAUGAAAGUGGUCAUUAUCAAGAUGACAACCAUAAAAAGGACAAGCACAGGCCUACCAGCUACUCCAAGCCCCGAAAAAGGGCGUUUCAGGACAUGGACAAAGAAGAUGCCCAGAAAGUUCUGAAAUGCAUGUUCUGCGGCGACUCCUUCGAUUCCCUCCAAGAUCUAAGUGUCCAUAUGAUCAAAACAAAACACUACCAAAAAGUGCCUUUGAAAGAGCCGGUCCCAACCAUUUCUUCCAAAAUGGUAACUCCAGCCAAGAAACGCGUGUUCGAUGUGAACAGGCCGUGCUCCCCAGAUUCUACCACUGGGUCCUUUGCUGACACUUUUUCUUCUCACAAGAAUGCAAAUCUGCAGUUGUCGUCUAAUAAUCGCUAUGGUUACCAGAACGGUGCUAGCUACACCUGGCAGUUUGAAGCAUGCAAGUCACAGAUUCUGAAGUGCAUGGAAUGUGGGAGCUCCCACGAUACCUUGCAACAACUCACCACACACAUGAUGGUCACGGGUCACUUCUUGAAAGUCACAAGCUCAGCCUCAAAGAAAGGGAAACAACUCGUUCUGGAUCCCCUGGCUGUGGAGAAAAUGCAGUCGCUUUCUGAAGCACCAGCCAGCGAUGCCCAACAUUCAAAACCCUCCAGUAAUGCAUCUACAGAUUCUACAGUUCUUGCUUCAGAGCUAAAGAAAGAAAGUAAGCAAAAUAAGCCUGAGGAAGUGAACAAAGAUGAAAAAGUAGUAAAAAAUGAAGACUAUGAUGCCACUCUUCAAAAACCACUGGAUCCUACAAUGAAAUACCAGUAUCUUAGGGAAGAAGAUUUAGAAGAUGCUUCAAAAGGUGGUGGAGACAUUUUAAAAUCUUUAGAAAACACAGUCACCACAGCCAUCAAUAAAGCGCAAAAUGGAGCACCCAGCUGGAGCGCAUAUCCUAGCAUCCAUGCGGCCUAUCAACUCUCAGAAGGAGCAAAGCCUUCCUUACCAGUCGGGUCCCAAGUUUUGCAGAUCAGGCCAACCGUUACUAAUAAGUUGAGGCCUAUUGCUCCAAAGUGGAAAGUGAUGCCUCUAGUUCCUAUCUCAACAAAGAUGGCCCAAUGCACUCAACUGAAGAAGGAAGCAGAUGCCAAGAAGGAAGCACAAAAAGACUACAUUAAAGAGGGCAACAAAGUUGACUCUUCCCCCGCCUCUCAGACUGAAGGAGAAUCUCCCCCUCAAGUGGAGGUGUGUGCAGAGCCCAAAAAGGCAGAGCUCAGUCCUUUGAAGGAGGAGGAGAAGGCAAAAGAAGAUGAGGAGAAGGAAAAAUCAAAAACAAAGGAGUCAGCGACAUCAUCUCUCAGCAACGGAUGUGCUGCCACUAAUCACUCCUCAGACCUGCCUUGUUUAAACCCACUGAGUGCCCUUCAAUCUGUGCUGAAUAAUCACUUGGGCAAAGCGAAUGAGCCCCUGAGACCUCAAUCAAAUUCCAGCCCUAGUUCAAGCUCAGUCUCGAUGUUCCACAAGCCUAAUUUAAACAUGAUGGAGAAACCAGUUUUAUCUCCUGUCUCGGCACCGCCAAAACCUCCAGGCGUUACCUCUAGACGCUAUGUGUUUGAAAGCAAUGAUCAGCCAAUAGACCUGACCAAAUCGAAAAGCAAGAAAGGAGAGUCUGCUCAAGCACAAUCUUGCACUUCGCCACCUCAAAAACAUGCGCUGUCUGACAUUGCAGACAUGGUCAAAGUUCUUCCCAAAGCUACCACACCAAAACCUGCCGCCUCAUCUAGGAUCCCAUCGAUGAAACUGGAAAUGGACGUCCGGCGUUUUGAAGAUGUCUCAACCGAAGUCUCCACCUUGCACAAAAGGAAGGGAAGGCAAUCCAACUGGAACCCUCAGCAUCUCCUCAUUUUGCAAGCUCAAUUUGCUUCCAGUCUCUUCCAAACAUCUGAAGGCAAAUAUUUAUUGUCAGAUUUGGGCCCUCAAGAACGCAUGCAGAUUUCCAAAUUUACCGGACUGUCCAUGACCACCAUCAGCCACUGGUUGGCAAACGUCAAGUACCAGCUCAGAAAAACUGGAGGGACCAAGUUUUUGAAAAACAUGGAUAAAGGGCACCCCAUCUUUUAUUGUAGUGACUGUGCAUCUCAGUUUAGAACCCCGUCAACGUACAUCAGUCAUUUAGAAUCCCAUCUAGGUUUCCAAAUGAAAGACAUGAACAAACUGGCGGUGGAGCAACAAACCAAGGUAGAGCAAGAAAUCUCCAGAAUUUCAGUUCAAAGGUCUCCUGAAACAAUAGCUGGGGAAGAGGACACAGACUCUAAGUUCAAAUGUAAGUUGUGCUCUCGGACCUUUGUGAGCAAACAUGCAGUAAAACUUCAUCUAAGCAAAACGCACAGCAAGUCACCGGAACACCAUUCACAGUUUGUAGCAGAAGUGGAUGAAGAAUAACUCCUAAGGACAGAUGCCUUAACCCCAGCUCUCCUACCCUGAUCGCCUGCCCUGAGCCCACCUUCGCACGCCGUACCACUUCUGACAUUGAACUUCCAACAACCCGGACUGAGAAGACCGCCAAAAGAAUAAUAAAAAUCUCCAGCUAUUCUUCUUCAUCCUCACUAACAAUUUGGUAAUGAAGUAUUGAUUUCCACUCUCCUGCUUAUGGACGAUAUUAGAUUUUCAUUGAUAAACUGCACCGAGGCUGUCUGCUCUCCACUGUCCCUUUUUGCUGUCACUAAAACAAAGUACCACUGAAGUAGGAUAAUGUCUGAGAACAUUGAUGUACUUAUUUUGUCCAUUUGUAACACUCGACAGGCAAAAAAAAGUAUAAUUCUUCAUAGUUUAAUGUCCAAGUGUGUUCCACAAGAUGCAGUCACACUGGAAGCUUUGCUUUUCAUGGUAAUGUCCAUUUCCUAUUUAUAACUCCUUUGGGAUAGUUUGUCUAAAGGAAAUGUUUCAACUCAGUGCAGCUAUUACUGAUGCACCUGGGUUGCCCAAUCCAGUCAUUGCACUGGGGAUCAAUACAUCACAGUAAGUAGAAGAAUUAUUAAGUUAAAACAGAUUCUGAGCCAAAAAAACUCGAAACAGCGUUAAUCUUCCCAGCAAGUUGUUCAAAUAGUUAUGGUUAACCAUGUUACUGCCAAAGAUUUGUUGAAAAUGGAUUGUUUUCACAUCUAUUACUCAUGCUGUGUUUUCUUUUCUUUUCUUUUUUUAAUUUAAAAUCUCCACGGCUAUGUAUUUCAAGAUGUAUGCAACGGAGUGACUUUUCAGCGAAAAGAAACCCCAAUUGUGGUGGGUUUUUUAAAAAGUGUAUAAUAAGAGCUAAAACAUUUUCCACUUGGAUCAGUACAACAAGUAUUUCCCUUA